CAACGUUCUUUACCUGCGCGAUCCUUCGACACCGUGGAAAGGAUUGCUCAGGUUGAAAAGGGUGGAGGGGGGGGUGUGUGUAUGUGCCAGCCCGUUUUCAUCUCGCUCGGUACUUUCAGUGUUGCUUCUCGGUACACGAGUUCGCGUUAACGAUCGAGGAAGCGCGGUACUGCGAGUGUCGCAGCGCCGUGUGCACUCGCUGCUGCAGUCAGUGAUCGUGGAGGGUGCUGAGAGUAAAGGGGUGAGAAGAGAAAAGGGAUGAUCGCAGGUGCGCGCGCGAGACAGCAUCUUUAACCCUUUGCGGACGAUUGACUCGUAUACGCGUCCAAACAAAAUCGUCAUAGUAACGUUGAAAUUUUUACACACGUAUUGCGCUAACUUUUUCAAAGAAUAUACGACUGUAAGCGUGAACGUAACAGUAGAGAGAGUAUAUGCACUUCUGUCCGAAAGUCAGGGGACAACUAUUAAAAUUCUUGUUAAAAAAAAAGUAUUGGAAUUGUUUUUGUGCCUUAUACAAUUAAGGGAUGUGUAAUUGUCACUUGUGUAAAAAUGUGUAGCAGACAGAAUUUUAAGAAAAUCAUUAAUUAGCAGAAUCUCCCAACAUCUAAUUAUGGGAUCUAGAAUAUUUGUGAAAGUAAUUUAUAGUGAUUGUUAAUAUAUCUUUUUUUUUCAUUGCAGCCUUAAUAUCUUGAUAUAGUGUUUUAAAAUUAAUGUUCAUGGCAGUUUGAAUUAUUCAGAGCCACAUUUCUGCAUAAAUCACAAAGAUAAUUUUUUUUCAUGAUCUAUUGUAUUUUUUAUGAGAUAGCAAAAUGAUUUGUAAAUGAUUUGCAAGAAGUAAACAAUUAAAAUUUUUUAAAUCAAAUUCAUAUCAAUCCUUUUUGGUCGAUUUUAUCGUAAAUAAAUAAGAUUUCGUGUCAGACUUAAAAGUACUCCGUUCGCAAAGGGUUAACGCUCUUCGUGAACAGUCUACAUCGUACAGAAGAAAUUGAACACGGCGUUGGGAACAAGCGUAGAGAACUCGUCGAGGAACUUCAGAGUUUGAGAAAGGACGACUGCCGCUACCUUGACGAACUUCGAGCUGCGAACUUCUAGAAAGCCAAAAGGCCAUGCGAUUCUCAGGAGCUUUCGAGGAGUUCCUUAAACCUAACCCAAGAAUACGUCAACCAAUGUGGACAACUUCUAGGAUCCUCUUGGAGGCUUUUACGGAUCAAUUUUUCGGCGUAUCUUUUCAAGCAAGGAAGACGACAAAAGAAGAUAGAGAGAGAAGUUUGCAACCAUACAGCGAAGAAAGAAGACUUUGCUGGAAAUAAGCUGUUCCCGUUACCUCCACUGCAUUAUCGAUGAAAAGUGUUAACGGAACGGGAAUCCAGUACCGACCACUUUUCCAAUAUCGACCUCGAUUCCAACUUCCAUUCAUAACUUUGAAAAUAACGAUGUAAGAAGAAAUCUUGAAAUAAAGAGAACAAUAAUUUCUACUUUCGUCGAAACCGGAUCAACUUUCCAAACUGCCAACUUUUCGAUCUUCGACUUUAUAAAAAAUAGAGAAAUUUUCAUGAAAGCUGGAUGAAUUUUCCAGGUUGUGAAGUUUCUCAAAGCGGACUUGUCAGUGGGUAAAAAAUAGAAGAAAAUUCUUCAGUUUCAAAUAAAAUAGAAAAGGAGAAAUACAAGGGAGGGUAGUUAUUAUUAGUGGUGGGAUGCCCCCAUGACAAAAGGGCGGCACGUGGUGAUGUCUUGUUGUUGUUGGUGCUGCGACAGCCUCGGCGGUGCCGGUUCUUCAAGUGCUGGUGCUGGGGAUGUUGUUACCGGUGCAUCUGGUGGCAGUGUAGUUGUCGGUAGUAACAGCAAUAACGCCGGUGGUGGUGGUCUUGGUAUUGCUUCCGGUCUUUCUGCAAUGCUAUCGCUGGUCGUUGUCACGGUGGCCAUCAGUACAGGAGAGUGGCUUCUAACGGAAGAGAAACUGCCGAAAACUUCAUCGAACGCUUCUGCGGAGCCUGACAGCAAAGUUACCUACAGCGGUCUCUGGAGGGUCUGCGUUGCCAUAAGCUCUCGUAUGGAAUACGAAUGUUCGAGCAUUGACUAUUUCCCGAACGAGGAGUACAGCCCGGAUCCGAGCGAUUCGACCAUGGCAAUACCAUACGCAGUUACCAAGUCGGCGAUGUUCUUCUUCGCUGCAACAUCGCUGCUGGUGCUGGCUGAAGUUUGUUACUUCACUGCUCACGUUACUCACCCGAGACACAGACUUUGCGUCUUUGUCGCCGGAGUGGUCUUCAUAGUUUCCGGUUUGUUAAUGCUGGUGGGAAUGGUGAUGUACAUAUCUGUGUUCAAAGCUGAGGUUGGCAGUAAGCUCAGACCAAGGUCGUCAUUUCAGGGACCGCCCUUCACCUACAGGUACGGAUUCUCAUUUCUGCUGUACGUGAGUGGCUUCAUCACGACCGAAGUCGCUGGCACUUACGCCAUUUUCUUGUAUAUCUCUUGGCACCAAAAAGAACUGGUACGGAGAGAUUCCAGGCGAAAAAAUUACGGGGGUGUGUAUCACUUAGACAAUCACCACGUGCAUCAUGCAAAUCAUGCGACAAUAGGUCACAGUGGUUUCCUGUGCGAAAGGCAUCAGAAGAGAUACUUUUUCAGCAGGGAUUCCGUGGAUCACGUCGAUUUCGACGAAUUUUUGCCACCACCGCCAAAUUUGGACUACCAUGACUAUUCCAGACAAUUUCCCAGAGAUCUUACCACCCAGACAGUUAGUACAACAGCUGAUGUGCUCCAGGAAGAGGAAGAGGAAUACAGCCCGAGUGUUCAACACGAAUUCGUGACCUUUGAUCUAGACGAACCACUACCACCACCACCACCCGUUAGGGGUAGCGAAUGGAGUUUCGAUACGUUGAGGAAAACGACUCCCGUCUGAUAUACCGUCAGAUACGCGCGGUUGGUACAAAGCGUUGAAAGCGACGACGACGAGGAGGAGGAAACGGAAACCGAAGAGGACCACGACCUAGUCGGCGAUUGAACGGAUCCGGUCGAUUUUUUAACGAGACACCUUGCAACGCGACCGGAAGCCUUUCAUCGUUCACGACUCGUCGACAAUCGACGCGGAAACAAACGAAGCUUGGAACGCUUGAUCGAUGAAUUAUCGAAUGGCUAUCGAUCGAAGAACUUGGAGCUAUCGAAGAACUAUCCCGUGGCAAGUAAUUCGCUCGUCACCGAUGAAAAUAAGUGAACGAAGAAACGGAAUUAAUCCACGAACGAUAAAGUGCUUCGACUGUAAUUAACAUGUCCAACUUUAUAGUUCUCUUGACGGUGAACAUUUUCAAAGGUAAAUCAAUGACUCGUUUAAUUCGAUGAAUGUUCUAAGAAAGUUUCACCAGUUUUAAAAGGCUUUUAAUCAACUGCUAACGCUCGGAUUCUCGCUUGAACACAAGAAGAGUGUGAAUUUGUUGAAAAUGAACCGUUGGCGAUGAAAAAUAUGAACGAGAUAAAAGGGACACGUGGAUGAACUUAAGGAUUAAUUGAACGAAUCGAGAUGUAAAUGAUCAUUCACGUGAUUCGUGAAAUUUUAAUGUGAGUGUACAGGAAAGAGACAGAAGUAUGGAAAUUAAAAAGGAAAUCACUGGAUUUGGGAGAGACAAAUUUCAUGAUUAUUGCUGCGAUAACGAUCUUAUAGGUAUUAAGAUUAUUUAUAUUGGUUCCUGUUUCCUUGCAAAAGGAAGGAAAGAUGUUUGUUUAAAAGACUGCAAUCUAUAUCUGCCAAAGUUAAUUAAAAUCGAGACUGUGAAUCGAUCAAUCGGUAUAAUUGUAUAAGUAUUAAUAUAUUCGUUGUAAUUGCGAUAUGUGUAAUCGUGGAACACCUGAAUUUUUGUUACUGUGAAAAUCUUUUGUUUUCUAUAUUGUCUGAAAUGGAAUUAUUUUUUACACACAAAUUUUAAAAAAUAUAAUUCGAAUUUUAAUUCUACUGUUCCUAUUCGCAACUCUAUAUUUAUUUCCAAUUGUGACAAUUUGCAAAAUUAAAAUCCUAAAUAAUUUUAAACGAUUCCAAAUUAAU